GGAGAGGAGAGUUGCGAGGCAAAACGGCUAGUCACAUGAGCAGAGAUCUGUUUACAAACCCAAGGCAGAGCAGAGCGAGAGCAAGGGGAGGAAGGAAAAGGCAAAUCCAUUGCAGGCUGUCCCUGAGCACCAUUAUGGAUUGAAAGAGGAAGAGGGGAAGCCUGCCAUGAUAAAGCCAGCUGGAGGUUGGAGAGCCUGAAUACGACACACGCAGACACACUUGUGUAAACACACUGCCUUUGUCUCAGAUUUUUUUUCUCUCAAUUGAAGGAGCAGAUGGUUAGAGGAGGAGUAGGAUCCCCCCCUAUGCAAGCACGCACACGCACACACACAUUCACUAACUGACACACAAACACACGCUCACCAGCAAAACACCAAACCCAGCUAGAGGACUGUUGCUGACUGCAUGGAGCUGCCCUCACUUUGUUUUGGCUUUGAGGGAAGCACAUCCAUACUGAGGAGGAAUACCCACUGCAAGAUCAGAAGACUGAAGGAGGAGACAACAGAGGUGAGGGGGAUGAGACAUGUGAAAAUCCUCUGUUAAAAAAAGCAGCUUUAGAAGGAAGACAAAGCACAGACUAAUGCCAGAUAAUUACCUUCAUUGGACGAGGACUGUCAUUUUAAAUGGUGGAUGUCAUUGAAUUUGAGGGGACGACACUGCAGACGCAAAGUGAAGUCAAAGAGGCCCUUUUCUGCUGUAUGUAUGAUUUCUUUGUUUCUUCUUCUCUCUUCGGUGAUGACAUCAUUCUAACUGGAAGGAGGAGCACAUGAGGUCUUCAGUCCCGGUCCAAACUCCAGUCCAAAAUCUCCCAAUCUUAACACGGAGUGGUUAAUCCAGAUUUGGGAACGCUGGGCAGCGUAAAGAGUCAGCAAAACGGCACCCCCCGAGGAUUUGUGGAAUCUGAGCAAAUCUGAAAAUAUCUAGAUGGUUGUUUUUGGAGGAGGUGACACAACACCACAAAAGGGCGAUCAAGCUCAGAGUGACUGAAUCCAGGCUCCAAACGGAUUCUGUGUCCCAAGCUUUGGCCCACGAGCUUGGCUCUUCUCCAGCCUUCUCUCAACAGGGCCUGAAUUUACUGCUGCUACCCUGGGAGUCAAAUUUCAUCAACAAUUCCAAUGGUGUAACGGAUGCCUGUGUGGUUUGGGUUGUCAGCGCUUUGAACACUACUGCAGCAUGACGUCUGAGAUCUAUCACCUCCCGCUCAAUGUGUAUGUCAUUGUGCUGGGCAUCGGCCUCUUCGUCUUCAUGCUCAGCCUCAUCUUCUGCUGCUACCUUUUCAGGUUGAAACAACAAGGAACAAGGGAGCAGUUCAGCUACAAUGAGGUGGUGCUGAAGGGAGCCAGCAAGAAACUGAGCCUUCUCGGACAAACCUGUGCGGUGUGUCUGGAGGAAUUCAGGACCAGAGAUGAACUGGGAGUGUGUUCAUGCUCACAUGCAUUUCACAAGAAGUGCCUGCUUAAGUGGCUGGAGAUCCGCAGCGUGUGCCCCAUGUGUAACAAACCCAUCCUCCGGCUCCACACCGACGCUCCCCAGGGUGCUGAGGGCCCAAUGGAUCCGGAGGAGGUGUGAGGGAGCUGAGAAAGAAGCAACCUGACUCCACUUACAGAAACCACACACAUUAAAUACAAUAGGGAUGAUGGACAGUGGUCAUCUUAAAAGACAUCUCACAGGAAAUGUUGAUAAUGAUCCCAAGCGGUCGCCCUGCUGCUAACCUUUGAGCAAUAUGCCUUGAUGGGAAUUGGAUAUUGACAGCACCAAAAGGACUUGGUUAGAUCAGCCAGGGAGUGGUUGGAUGAAUAGAACCUUUUCAUAAUAAAAUGCUCCUAGUUCUAUUUCCAUAUUGCACUGUUCACCAAAAACAUGACAGGAAAAAGGAGCCACAUUUAAGAGCAGGAUAUCAUUGCCACUGGACGACAAGUGCGACACUGCCAGAGACAAACACUGCAGGCAUUGAGCAGGACAUUAGAGUACAGGAUCAGUAUGGAUACCUCUAAUAUCUCAGGGGUGUUACCAAUACAGCCAGCACAGACCAUGUCAGUCACCCUAUAACCCUGUGCCACACAUGCAUCUUCAAUACUGCCAAUGUAGGUGAAACGCUCCAGCAGUCAGAGGUAGCACCAACCUCCGGCUGAAACCAAGACCAGCGGGAUUACAAACGAUUUAAGUAGACAAUAUUGUUACCGAUUGUGUCCCAUGCCCUUUCCUUUUAAAAAUAAGACUGAUAGGAAACUAGUCUU